UGACAGCUUUCCUACUGACAGUUUCCCACUUCUCAGCCAUUUGUGGACCUUCUAUUUUCUCAUCUCAGAGACUUUGAAGUCAGUAAAGGUUGUAGGUAUUUCCUAUACACCUACCUAUAGCUGCCCAGUGUUCCCUGUUUGCCAGGGUGCAAACCUAUUCUGAGUUCCAGAUUUGGGCGAGGCUCCUCCUCAGAUCCUCAUUGGAGUCCAGCAUGUCGAAUUUUUCCUCAAGAAAAAAGUCCCCUACUGGAAAUGACCCCAAGAGCACCCAGAAGGCCGCACUGAGACAGCAGGGUUUCCACGAUGUGAACAGAAGAAGGGCUUUCCUACAGGAUAACAGCUGGAUCAAGAAAUGCCCCGAGGAGGAAAAAGAUGAAAAUUACGGCAGGGUGGUGCUCAGCCGGCAUAACUCCCAUGAUGCCUUGGACAGGAAAAUUACUGAGAGAGAGGAACCGAAAGCUACGAUUAGCCGAUACAGAUCUGAUGACACGCUGGACAGAACACUGUCCGUGUUGAGGACACCAGAAGCAACGAAGAUGCCGGCUGGCAGCUCCUUUAAUGCAAACACCGCCACCACGGCUCCCACACCUGCUAUCGCGCCUGUGAAGAAGAAAAGACAGUCCUGGUUUCCUCCACCCCCUCCUGGUCACAAUGCCUCUCCAAACACGGGAGCAAGCAGAAGGGAUCCAGCUGUUCAUCCUCCAUUACCUCCCAAACCCUCUUCUCCUAUUGCUUCUCCUAAACAACCAAGACAGAAUAAUAGGCAGACACAUAUAUCCACAGCAGGUGCAUAUGGAGAAGCCAAUAGACACGCUGAAAAAAAUAUAAGGUCUAAGGAUCUCGACAACAUCAUCAGGGUGGCUGCUUCACUUCAGAAAACUGACAAGGGUGAAGAAAUGGACAAUCUCAUCAGAAUGAACAAAAGCUUGAACAGAAAUCAAGGUCUGGAUGGCCUCUUCCGAGCAAACCUGAAGGCACAGCAGGUAGACAAAAGAGCCCAGAGUCUUGAAAGUCUCAUCUCUACGAACUCCCAGAUGGACAGAGAUGGCAAAGGAAAUCAAGCCUUCGGGAGUCUUAAGAAAAUCAGUCAAAGGACGGACAAGGAGAAAGGCCAAGACCUCAGACCAGUUACCAAAAUGAACACCACAGCAGAUAAAAACAGCAGAAGAAGUAGAGAUCUUGAUAAUGUUUUGAAGAUCGACCCCAAAGGACAUGAAAAUACCUCUGGCAAACAAGACGUCGAUGGAUUGAUUAAAGUGAAUCCUGAAACACAUAAAAAUAUGAAGAGGGGCCAGAGCCUUGAGAAUCUGAUCAGAGUCAGCCCGGAAGUGAACAGGAGUCAUCAAGGGGGUCAAAAUCUUGACAAUUUCAUCAAAGCUGUGCUCACAACCAACAGAGCUAACCAAGGCAAUCGACAUGGUCUUGAUGAACUUAUUAAUACAAGCCCCAAAGCUGUCAAAACUACUGCUGGACACCAAGAUCUUGAUAAGUUCAUCAAAGUAAAUCCUGAUGUUCUUGUGAACAAUCAGAGAAACCAUGACCUGGAUGGCAUCAUCAGAGGGAAGCCUACAGAGACCAGAAACAAUCAAAGCCAAGACUUGGAGAAUCUUAUUAAAGUGAAGCCUUCUGCUCUCAAAAACACAAAUAGAGACCGGAGCCUAGAAAAUUUAACUGAAGCAGAUUCUCACGUAUCUGAAAAUAAAAAUGGAAGGCUAGAUGGUCAAGUUAAUGGAUUCACCAACACUCAACUCAAGGAGUCCACGAGAACCUCUGUCUACUCUUAUGAAGCCAGAAACAGCAUCAGCUCCAAUACUGGAACCAGGAGUGCUGGGCCUAAGGAUACGGUUGUCUAUACAAGGACAUAUGUGGAGAGUAGUAAAUCACCAAAGGAUGGAUAUCAGGAAAACAUCUCAGGAAAAUAUAUACAAACUGUUUAUUCAACUUCAGAUAGGUCUGUCAUUGAAAGAGACAUGUGCACUUACUGCCGCAAGCCCUUGGGGGUAGAAACCAAAAUGAUUUUAGAUGAGUUACAGAUCUGCUGCCAUUCCACUUGCUUUAAGUGUGAAAUAUGCAAACAGCCUUUGGAAAAUCUACAAGCAGGUGACAGUAUCUGGAUUUAUAGACAGACUAUACAUUGUGAGCCUUGCUACUCUAAAGUGAUGGCAAAGUGGAUUCAACAGAACUGAUAUGUGGAAAUGAAGAUGAGAAGCCGUCAUCAAUGAAUUUAAAGCUACAUUUUAAGAACAUAUAAUCUAGAAAAGAUUUACAUUGAAGAUUAUCUCUGUAUCAAAAUAACAAUUUUGUUAUUGUACAAAUAAUCUAACUACUUUUAAUAAGGUCACACACAUGAAAAGAACCAUCUGGUAUCUGGCAAGAUUUAGUGAUAAAUAUUCACAUAGUUCUAGUUACCAAAGACAAUGACAGUGAGCAUUGCCAACCCUGAACAGGCUAUCCCUGUCUGCCUGCCCAUCAUGAUUUUCUUUAUAACCAAUUUUCCCAUUUUCUCGCCUAUCUUCCCCUAAUAGUUUGUAUUAGAGCAUUAUUGACACCCUGAUAAAAAAGGCUGAAACAAGCAAGAUGCAUUUCUUUUUUUUUCUACAAAAGAAAAUGCACACAGAAAUCUUCUUAUAAAGUGUUUCAGCAAGGUCAACAUAGCAAGCUGUUUGGACCUUAGAAAAUCACUAGUUUCCAGACUUCUGUGACAUUCUCUGUGACACCACAGACAUUAGACAAAAUGAUUUCUAAGGUCCCCAGGUGUCUGAUUCUAAAAGAAAUUUGAGUUUGCUGUUUAGAAAGAUAUUGGUAUAUUUGUUUAUUGGGACAUAUAAAUAAUUUCACCUAAGUGUCAUCCUUCAGUUUAUCACAGGCAUAUCUUUAAUAUACUAUUCUUAAAACUGAAAUUAAUAGCUUUAUGGGUGAUAGAUAAAAUUUUAUGAUGUGUAAUUUGUUAAACUUUCUUUGCAUGCAUUUCAAAAUCUGGGUGUACAAAUAAUCUGAGAAGUAAUAGCUAUGGGUUACAAACAUAUUAUAUGUGUUCAUGUUACAGUUUAUGUUUACAAAAGACUCACAACAAUAAAAUGAGUUUCCCUAA